AAAAAAAAAUCUCGACCUUCUUCCGCCGCCUACCGCCAAUCUCUCUCUCUCUCGCGUUCAUUGCUCCACCGGAGGUCUUACCACGGCCUAGUCGCCGGAAACCUCAAACUACCGCGGAUGAACUCCAUCACCGUCCAAGCUCACAGCUCCUCCUUCUCCGGAGUUGUAUUCUGAUUUAGUUGGCCUUUCAUCGCUGAAGAAUUAAGCACGUGAGCUCGCAGUGAUACUUCAUCUACACAGCUCCUCCAUAUCAGUGGGAGACCAAGAAAAUUGGCAAUACUGGGGUCAAGGAAGUCUCUUAUUCUCCGCCACAUAAAAUAUCUGCAAGUAUUUUUCAUUCUCCCUUCAAUUCUAUGGAUUUUCAAGGGUUUUAUUUGCACGCUCAUCCAUCAUCUCACAGCACCACACGACCAGAGCACCAAUCCCUUCUAAAAAAUCAGAGAUUUAUAUAUGCCCGGUUUGUUAAAAGAGUUAGGGUUUAUGCAGGGUUUAAGCUUCAGUGUUGUUCAAAAACUGUAUCGUUUCCUUCGAAAAGUGUAAUUAAUGGUAAAAGGAAAGGGUCUGAAGGUGUACUGCCAUCAAUUUUGCGUACUUUGGCUACUGAGAAUGAGGUGGAGAAGACCCUUGAUUUGUAUUAUGGGAAGCUUAGUGACAAGGAGUUCACUGUGAUUCUCAAAGAACAGAGUAGUUGGGAGAAGGUUGUUAGGGUGUUUCAGUGGAUGAAGUCGCGGAAAGAGUAUGUGCCUAAUGUGAUUCAUUACAAUGUUGUGUUGCGCACUUUGGGUAGAGCUCGGAAAUGGGAUGAGUUGAGACUCUGCUGGACUGAAAUGGCAAAAGAUGGGGUUUUACCUACAAACAAUACAUAUGGGAUGCUUGUUGAUGUGUAUGGAAAAGCAGGCCUUGUGAAGGAGGCACUUCUUUGGAUUAAGCAUAUGAAGUUGAGAGGAAUUUUCCCAGAUGAGGUUACCAUGACGACAGUUGUUAGGGUUUUGAAGGAUGCAGGGGAGUAUGACCGGGCAGAUAGGUUUUAUAGAGAUUGGUGCGUUGGGAAAAUCAAGUUGGAUGAUCUUGAUUUGGAUUCCAUUGGUGAGUCGGACGCAAGUUCUAGUUCAGAGCCCUUCAGUUUGAAGCAAUUUUUGUUGACUGAGCUUUUCAGGACAGGAGUUAGGAAUCCAUCUAGGGUUGUGGAGUUGUCAGAGGCAGAGAGCUCUCUUAGGAAGCCUCGACUUACGGCAACAUACAAUGCUCUUAUUGAUUUGUAUGGGAAGGCAGGCCGAAUGAAAGAUGCUGGAGAUGUGUUUGCAGAAAUGCUGAAGAAUGGGGUGGCAAUGGAUACUUAUACUUUCAACACCAUGAUCUUUAUUUGUGGGAAUCUUGGUAAUUUGGAUGAAGCUGAAGCUUUGCUUUCUAAGAUGGAGGAAAGAGGGAUACAUCCUGACACAAAAACAUAUAACAUUUUUCUUUCUCUGUAUGCCAAUGCGGGAAGAAUAGACCUAGCUCUUCAGUAUUACAGAAGGAUAAGGGAGGUUAGACUUUUCCCUGAUGUUGUAACCCAUAAAGCCAUUCUUAAUAUACUAUGCAAGAAAAAAAUGGUACAUGAAGUGGAGGUUGUGCUUAAAGAAAUUGAGAGUUUAGGUAUGCGUAUUGAUGAACGCUCUCUUCCAGUUGUUAUGGAAUUGUAUAUCAGUGGAGGAUUAACUGAGCGAGCCAAUGCUCUCCUUGAAAAAUGUCAAUUGAUUGGCGGGCUGUCAUCAAAGACUUAUGCUGCCAUCAUGGAUGCUUAUGCAGAUCAGGGACUUUGGGCUGAAGCAGAGGAUGUGUUCUUCAGUAAGAGGGAUAUGCUCAGACAGAAGAAGACAGUGUUGGAGUAUAAUGUCAUGGUUAAAGCUUAUGGGAAGGCAAAGAUUUAUGAUAAAGCUUUCUUCCUGUUCAAGGGCAUGAAGAGUCAAGGAACAUGGCCAGAUGAGUGCACUUACAACUCUCUGAUUCAGAUGUUUUCUAAGGGUGAUUUAGUGGACCAAGCAAAGAAAAUUUUAAUUGAAAUGAGAGAUGUUGGAUUUAAACCUUCAUGUCUGACCUUCUCUGCUGUAAUUGCUAGUUAUGUUCGCAUGAGUAGGCUUUGUGAUGCAAUUGACGUGUUCCAAGAAAUGCUAAAAACUGGUGUAAAACCAAAUGAGAUAGUAUAUGGAUCUUUAAUUGAUGGGCUUGCUGAAGCUGGUAGAUUUGAAGAAGCCAUAAACUAUUUCCACAUGAUGGAAGAAUCUGGGGUAUCAGCAAAUCAAAUUAUCUUGACUUCAAUGAUUAAGGCAUAUAGUAAGGUUGGUUCAGUAGAAGGAGCAAAGCGAUUAUAUCAGAAAAUGCAAAACUUGGAUACGGGUCCUGAUAUUGUGGCAUCCAAUAGUAUGCUCAAUCUGUAUGCAGCCUUUGGAAUGGUGUCUGAAGCAAAAUUGUUAUUUCAUGACUUGCGUCAGAAAGGCAAGGCAGACGAGGUUACUUUUUCAACUAUGAUAUAUGCCUACAAGAAUAAAGGUAUGCUCAGUGAAGCCAUUGACAUUGCAGAGGAGAUGAGACAGUUAGGACUUCUAAGGGAUUGCACGACAUUUAACCAGAUAAUGACUUGUUAUUGUGCAAAUAGGCAGCUUAUUAAAUGUGGUGAAUUGUUGCAUGAAAUGGUGGAUAGGAAGCUUAUACCAAACAAGUCUACAUUUAAAAUAUUAUUCACCAUAUUACAGAAGGGAGAUUUUCCAGCUGAAGCGAUCAGUCAACUUAAGUUGUCUUAUCAGGAAAGGAAAGAUUAUGCGGGCCAAGCUGUGAUAGCCUCUGUUUUUUCUGCGGUGGGUUUGCAUGCAUUUGCACUUGAAUCCUGUGAAACCUUUUUAAAACCAGCUAUGGAGCUUCAUUCCUUUGCCUACAAUGUUGCAAUAUAUGCUUAUGGAGCAUCAGGGAAAAUUGACGAAGCACUAAACAUCUUCAUGAGAAUGCAAGACAUGGGAGUGAAACCUGACAUUGUUACAUAUGUCAAUCUUGUAUGUUGUUAUGGGAAAGCUGGACUGGUUCAAGGCAUAGAGCGGGUGUAUAGGCAACUGAAAUGUGGAGCUAUAGAGCAUAAUGAGUCAUUGUACAAUGCUGUCAUAGAGGCCUAUAAAGAUGCUGGCAGACAUGAUCUUGCUUAUUUGGUUAGUCAAGAGAUGAGAUUUGCUUCUAGUGAAGAGAAGUAUCCUAACUCUGAAACUGAAGAUGCUUUUGAUGAAGAGCUGUAUCCUCACCCUGAAACUGAAGGUUUACCAGAGGACGUUAGCAGGUUAAGGCAUAGCUCUCUAUGAACCAUGCACCUGCUGCUUUCUACCUUUCUCUUUCUCCCCCGUCUUGUAUUGUCAAUGCCAAGUUUGAUGGUUCUGAUGGUCAGAUGGUGUUGCUCACUGAAGGUGAUGAAACUUCUAUGCUAAGAAGUAAGAAAGAUAGGUUACAACCAUUGUUGCUGACUAGUGGAAGAAGACAAUCCUAAAGAUUCAUCAGUUGGUACGCUUCCCAAAAACUCCAACUUUGGAGCGAGUUAAGGUUUCUUCCAUACUUGGGCCAACCAAAUUUCCUGCCCUGAAAGUGAAUAAGUGAAUCGGAGAAGCAAUCAAGCAGGAUGGACAAGAGCAUGACUGGCGACAUGGACAACCUUCCCGAGGAAGAUAAGAUUCGUAUGUCCGCCAUGAUUGACCAACUCCAAAUCCAUGACAGGUUCUUUCUCUUUCUCUGUAUGUGUGUAUGUGUAGAAAAAAAGGUCUGCAUUCUUUAUCUGUGUUUGCAGAGCAUGAUUGGUCAAAAAAUGCUAGAGUUCCAAUUGAGAAGGCUUGGUGUUUUUAAUGCUGAAGAAACAAUUAGCAAGCACCCCAACCUUGAUUAAAACUUCAAAAUCUGUGAGUAUAUCAGAUUAUCAGGCAAUUGUUAUGAUUAUUCUUUUCCCAGUGUAUAGCUAUAGUGGUGAGAUGGAACUUAAAUUUUAUGAUUCGUCUGUCUCAUUUGCAUUACUAUCCAUAUGAUUGUAUAAUAACCUUCUUGCGAAAUCAAUUAUCUGACCUUUCAAAUCUUGUUAAAAUGAUGGGUCCAAACCAACUUAACUCUUGGUAAUAAAAAUUACUCCGUAUACGUUUUGUGAUUUGAUUUUCAUUUUGGGUUUCUGUUAAGGUAAAGUGGAGAUUCAGAGUUAUGCUUUGGUAAUGAACUCAAGCAUUGAAGUGUGAUACACACUAAGAAUCUGUGGAUUUGGGUCAUAGCUUUCAUUUCUUCUUAUACUAUCCAUGAUAAACAAUGUAUAAGACGCCUUAAUGUAAAGAAAUUCAUGAAGUAUGUCAUUAUUUGGUUCAAACUUUAUCCUUA